AUGGCAGAUGUUUUACCAGCAAACACGAGGACCUCAUUGACAGCACCGAAAGCCAUACCGCACCCCAUAGACACAAAACAGCCACUUCCAGGGUCAGCGCCUGCAUCAACGACCUUGCCCAAGAUCGCCUCAGGUGUUCGAAGUGGGCACCUCAAUCUCGACACCUUUUCUCCGGUCAACCAGAAUGGUAGUUUCGCCUUUGAUCGUGUACUCAGAAGCGGAGAGGUGCAUAAACGCACCCGAAAGACAAAACAAUGGAAAUCCUUCUACCUUGUCCUCCGCCCCAACCUCCUCUCUCUCUACAAAUCUCCUACUGAGGAGCGUCUCCUCAAACAAAUCCGCCUCAACGACCUCAAUACCGUCGGCUACCUUAAAGACCCAAAAGGCCGCCGUCAACACCUUUUCGGCCUCUUCUCCCCCGAGCGCAGCUAUCACUUCCAAGGAAGAAGCGACGCAGAUGCUAAGGCGUGGGUCGAAUUGAUCAAGCGUGAAGCACCACAACUUGACGAGGAUGAACCGGUGGACCUUGGUAGCCCCACCGCUCAUGACAGCCAUCCGGACAGACAUUCGGGCUACGAGCGCUGGGGUUCCAGCUCGCCCGAACCGUUGGAGGUACCAGGCCGGCGGUCUACCACAAGAGAUGGGAUCAGGAUACCGGGCAUACGACGGCUCUCAGCGCAUGAGCUUGAUUACUCAGGAGAUGAAUUGGCACACUAUUCCGAUUUCUCCGAUACGCCUCCACAAAGCUGCGCUCAGUCUUCUUCUGGGCCCUUUGCCAAGCGAAACGAAAGGGGCGUUCCAAAAAGCAGCAAUGCUCCAUACUCGACACCAAUGCAACCGCCAGCAACAGCACGGAACGUUAGUGAAUCAAGUGGCUUUCACGCUGAUCAACAAGACGACGAGAGGGUGAUAUGGCAUGGUUACCUGCUAUGCCUGAAGACGAAGGGUGGCGUCAGGCAAUGGAAGAGGUUAUGGGUUGUACUCAGGCCGAAAAAUUUGGCUUUCUAUAAGAACGACGAAGAAUACGCCGCCAACCUCAUCAUCCCCCUCUCCGGCAUCAUUAACGCAGUUGAGAUCGAUCCUAUAUCUCGCAGUAAAGCGCAUUGCAUGCAAGUUAUUGCCGAGGAAAAGAGUUAUCGUUUUUGCGCCAGUAGCGAGGAUGCUCUGGCCGAGUGGCUUGGGGCGCUGAAAAGUCAGCUUACGAAGAGGAAGGACAAGAAGGCUGGGACUUCAUGA